AGUGGGCGUAUAUACAUCGCUAGCUACUAGCUACAUCUGCAGCUCAAAAUGAAGUCUCUGUGUCUUUUAGCAGUGAUUUUGGGACUGUGCACGCUUCCAAUCAGCUCCCAAGACCCGUGCCCAGCUGGUAGAGUAUGCCCUGCCAACAUCCCUGUCCGCAGUGACGUGAGCAAUGCAGCUGGUACAUGUGAUGGUGGAGGUACCAUAAGGUCGGAAAUUGUGACUGAAAUUACUUCACUGCUUUCGGGAAAUACAGUGAUGCCUGCUUUAAGAAUAAAGUACCUUGGACUCAACUCAGAUCUCCCUGCAGUUAGCUGUGCAGAAAUCUACAAAAAUAAUGAGAAUGCACAAAAUGGAUACUAUUUCAUCCCCGAUGGAAAUACUAGAUCAUUUUGUCGAUUUGAUUUCCAAACAUCUGGACAGCUGCAAGGAUGGGAGUUAUUGACGUCUCUUGACAUGAAAAAUCCUGAUACUAACUGUCCUAGCGAAUUUCAAAUGGUAGAGCAUGCGAGUGGCGUUCGAUACUGCCGUAAAAAUUUUAAUGGAGAUGGUUGCACUGCGAUAACGUAUUCUCAUGACCGACCAAUCACAAGACUGUAUGGAAGAGUGCAUGGUAUUCAGAGUGGAACACCGGACAUUGAGGAAAAUAAUUUUAACCGUGGCAUCGAGGGCGACUAUAUCGAUGGUAUUAGUCUCACCUAUGGUCAAUCACCCAGACGGCAUAUUUGGAGUUUUAUAGGUUACACAUCUGCAGCCUUUCCAAACUGUCCUUGCAGUACUAGCGCUACAAGAACAACUCCUGCUUAUAUUGGAGAUAAUUACUUCUGUGAAUCUGGCACCAUGCUGCCUGACAAUUUCUUCCAGACAUUUGUUAACGAUCCAAUCUGGGAUGGCCAGAAUUGUGAGAGUACUCAAGAUCCAGGAUGCUGUACCCGUGGAGACCUCGGCAAUGGAGAAUGGUUUUAUCGAGAGUUUGCGGUUCCUUUCACUCCGGACAUUGAGCUUCGUAUCUGUACAGAUCAAACUACAGACGAUGAAGAUAUUGGACUGCAACUUCUUGAACUUUAUUUCCAAUAAGUUCGCUAAUGUCUCGUUUAGUUUCGAACACCACCAUAAUAUAGUUUUGACACCACAUGUAUAUUAUUAGUUAUUUUUACAUGCAGCCGGCUGUGGUAGUAUAGUAGCUAUUUCCAUGGCAACAAAUUGGAAACAAUGUAGUUGCAGUGUUAAUUGUACAUGUAUGUUAUUGUAUUGUUAAAAGAUCUGCUAUACUGG